UACCCUCCCCCUACCGUCCACCCUCCUCCUCUCUGUAACCUUCAUUACUGAGCAAAUUCUUCCCCGUUUUCACCGUCAGAUCAGGGAUCCGGGUCACCUGGACAACAUGUGGACACUUUUCUGUCUAAUGUUUGAGUCGUGAAAGCUCACGCAGACGUAUGGAUACAGUUGGAGGUGACAACUGGCGGAGACGCACGAGGAGCUCGCGAGCGUGCUGCAGACGACAAACCAGAGCGCGAACUGACGAGUCCAGUGUGCUGCGGUGUCUGAGCGUGGGAAACACGGAAGAAGACCAUGACAUGGAGGAGGACACCGGCCUCUUCAAGCAGGGCAGCCUGGAGCGGAGGGUCAUGGCACCCCGCUACAGCCUGCUGCAGGAGGUUGGAAGGGGAACAUACGGCGUGGUGUAUGAAGCGGUGGCCCGGAGAUCCGGAGCUAAAGUCGCCGUGAAGAAGCUGCGGUGCGACGCACCGGAAAACGUGGAGCUGGCCCUGCAGGAGUUUUGGGCGCUGGCGAGUUUGGAGAAGCGGCACCAGAAUGUGGUGCAGCUGGAGGAGUGUGUGCUGCAGAGGAACGGUAUGGCCCAGAAAAUGAGUCACGGGAACAAACGGUCCAAGCAGUACCUGCGCCUGGUGGAGACCUCACUGAAAGGUGAGAGGGUGCUAAGUCCUCCAGAGGAGCCGUGUUACCUCUGGUUCGUCAUGGAGUUCUGCGAAGGUGGAGACCUCAACCAGUUCAUCCUGUCUCGGCGACCCGACCCACGAACCAACAACAGCUUCAUGCUCCAGCUGACCAGCGCAGUCGCUUUCCUGCACGAGAACAACAUCGUCCACAGAGACCUGAAGCCAGACAACAUCCUCAUCUCAGAGAAGUCGGGGACUCCGGUCCUCAAGGUGGCCGACUUCGGCUUGAGUAAGGUCUGUGCUGGUUUGGGUAACGCCAGCGAGGGCAAGGAUGGUGAAGAUAAGAACAAAAACGUCAACGUCAACAAGUUCUGGUUGUCGUCAGCGUGUGGUUCAGACUUCUACAUGGCCCCCGAAGUGUGGGAGGGCCACUACACUGCCAAGGCAGACAUAUUCGCCCUGGGCAUCAUCAUCUGGGCCAUGCUGGAGAGGAUCACUUUUAUCGACGCAGAGUCUAAGCGGGAGCUGCUGGGGACAUAUGUGAGACAGGGAGCAGACAUUGUGCCGGUAGGUGAGGCACUACUAGAGAACCCAAAGAUGGUGCUGAGCAUCCCACAGAAACGCAGAUCAUGCAUGUCUGACGGCGUGAGGAAGCUGCUUCAAGACAUGCUUGCCGUCAACCCUCAGGAUCGGCCCGACGCCUUCGAGCUGCAGGCCAGAAUGGACCAGGUUAUGUGUGCUGCGUGACCCUGGACUGCACUGUUUUACAGACAUGUCUCAACCUGGAGCUGCUACAUCACCAAGGGUCACCUGUGCUCACCUGAAGACUGUGAAGAUAAUGGAGAAGCAAACGAAGCAGUUGGUCCUGCAGUGUGGAGGCUGAAGUGGAAUGAUUGUUUUCUGUGGCGUUGUUUACAGCGAGGCCUUGUGCGAGUCCUGAUACAGACCGUUUGUCCCGCCCCCAAGAGAAGCAUCAGGUCUGUUUUGACCUGAUGAUGCCAGACCUCCAUCACAGAACAGAGGUCUGGAGAAAUCCCACAGGAGACAGUGAUGCUGUGUGUGUGUGUGUGUGUGUGUGUGUGUGUGUGUGUGUGUGUGUGUGUGUGUGUGUGUGUGUGUGUGUGUGUUCUCCCUAAUAAAAACACUGUAACGUCAGACACACUCUACUGGGAACCUUGAUGUGAGGAAGGUUUUGUUCUUUGUGUUGCUUUGUCAGUUCAGUGUGUGUUGUGUUGGACGUGUCACUGUGCUGACAGUCCCUGCUUCCUGUUGGUACAGCGGCACUCUGUUAACAUCAGUGCCAUGUAUUGUCCCACUGAGAUUUGACAGGAAAUGGUGUCACUGCCCUUCUUCUGUGGUUGGGUUUAAAUUUCUCCAGAUGUCUGUUGGUUUACAGGUGGAGGAUGACACAGGAGGGUGAUCUGUAGAAAUCCUUUGUCAUUGUAUACGUAGUUUUAUAUUACAGUAGUGGUAUGAAUCAUGAUGUAAUCAAUUUUCCACAAAUUCAAUCCAGACUUUUGGAAUAUUGUCAUGAAAAGUCCUGUUCAUUGGGUCACAGCCUCAUCUGUAAUGUUCUGAUGCUUUUAGUGACACAGUUACAUUAAUUAGCCAUUGGAUCAUGUAAUAGUUUUCAGCCUGGGUUUUUACUGUCAUGUUGUGAUCAUGUCUGUCCAGAGGAUCAAUGGAGACUCACAAUCUUCCAUCAGGUACAACACAUUACAAUCAUAAAUGUGAAAACAUGAGUUAUUAAUACAGGUUGGAAUCAUAAACACAUCCUAGAUUAGACACAUGUGAGUGAAAGUUAAUUUCUGGAGACUUUCAUUUUGACUACAUGGAGGUUAUUUGUUAAUCCGUCAUCUUUAAUUUCAGCUCUUUACACCUCUGGUGCCUUGAAACUGACAGGUAGUCAGGUGAGAUUUGCUUGCUGCUAUUUUAUUUUUGAUUUAAUACUCCAGAUACGUGAUCCAAGGUAUGUGGACGUGAUGAGCCCCCCCUCCAAAAUAAAAGUGAAUAAUAUUGAGAUUUGACAUUAAGAUAAAUGUUUAUCUGUUUUUCUGUGGCCCAUGUGUUUGCUGAGCGAUGUCGGGUUUUUAAAGGGAAGUGAAGGUCUCAUGUUAAAGCAGCAGAGUCGCAGUGAAACCCUGCUCUGACCUGGAUCUGUGUUUUGUUCGGAUACAAGUAUUGAUAAUAGUCCCAGGCCUGUGUGAAGUGACUGUGGUCAGAAAACGAAUGUGAAAAAAAACUAAAUCCUUCUUGGUGUGUUUCACAGUGGACUACAGCUUUUUUUUUUUCCUCAAACCAAAUGUCAGAAGAAGAAGAAAACUUGGAGUUGUGUGUCGAACUGGGACCUGAGUCAUUUAACAGAAUCCUUUUGUUUUCAAUUGUUCUACCUCAUGUUUUUACACGUUCACCUUUUCCUUUUCUGAGCCAUCGUUUCUUUUUCCAACACACACAUUCCUCAGUUAGAAACAGAGCUGGCAGAUCUCAGAGCAGCAGCUUGGUGUGUGUGCUGUUUCCCUCUCAUUAAUGAUGUUUGAAAAGUAUUGGAUUGUGUCAGCGACACAGCUCAACUGUUUCUUUCUGUUAUACUGCUGCAUUGUGGGAACUAGGUUUACACUGAUACAGAUGUUUACACACCUUUAGCUCAGACUCACCUCAGCUGUCCUCCUGUGUCUCACCUGUGUGUGAAUAUUUGUGCGGAGUAGAAAUGUUCAUCCUGAAGUGGAGAUGAGUAAAUGAUUAUGUACGAUUCAGAAUUGCUUUUCUUGAAUUUCAUUGAGAGGAAUGUACGCCAGAUAUCAAAGCAGACCCUUUCAGGCCCAGCUAGCUGCUGGAUGUUGUCCUCUCCUGUCAGUCUGACUAAACUCUAAUGACCUGUUGGUCAUUUGUUUUACAUGCAACACUCUUCUAUGCAACCACCACCCCACCACCCCCUGACUCACUGUGGAUCAGUGCAGGUUUGGCUGAUCUUGUGUUGGUCAUGUGCUUCUCAUCCUAACAGGAACCAGACACCUGGAUGUGGUUGUGUUCAGGUGACUUCACCUUAAGUCAGCAGGAUUUCCAGUAUGUGGUCGUACAUGUAACUGAAGCCAUUUUCUUGAAUGAAAACCUGUUUUUUAUUGCUGAAUUUGUACAUAUCAGAGCUCUUUUUCAAUAAAGAUUGGAAAUACCUCUCA